GCUGGCUCCUGCGCGCUGGCAGUACUCCCCUACCAGUAGUCCAGUACUCCUAUCACUACGACUGCACGACACAAGUUUAAAAAGAAUCCUAUCGCCAUUAAUGGCACCCUCUGGUCACUGCCUUCUUUUUGCUUUGACCCAGGACAGAGAGAGGGCCGUGUAGUCACCUCACCGUUUAGGAAUUUGAAGGGCUUGGUGCUGCCACUGUUACCGCCCAGUGGCGUGGUGUAUGCGUCAACUAGUAUCUUGCCUUACGUGGUUGCAGGGGUGAGAGAGAGUGAAAGAGUUGAGAGACGAUGGAGUUCUUGGUGCUGUUCCUCGUCGUCUCCAGCUCCCUUGUGCUCCCUUCCUUGGGUCUUGCUGUUUCAGGUCAAGAAGAACAUGAGCUGGUUCACCUCCAUGAGCCAUCUCAGGCAGGUGUGCAUGUAUCAGUCGCUCACGAGGAACUCCGCAUGGUGGCCUCUUCGGUUCUUGGAGCAGAGUCCUGGCUCAGGACCCAUGUCCUGGCACACUACCCCUCAGAGCACAUCACCACCAUCGUUGUAGGCCAUGGCGUCACCUGCAACCAUGGUUGCGAGCUCCUCUCGCUUCGCCUCUCACACGCCGUCAAGAAUCUGCACCACUCUCUGGUGCGGUGGGGCCUUGUUGAUGAUAUCAAGGUCACAGCUGCAUCCACCAUGUGCGUGAGGGACAGAGGUGUUCUGAAGAGGAGGCUCUAUGGUAGGCACCACUUGCCACCGUCGCUCACGUUCCCGCCACCGCAACCGCCUGCAGGGUUGACAAAUUUGCCUCCGCCGCCAGGAGUGCCACUGUCCUUUGCACCAAAUUACCCGCCUGAAGUUGUCCCGUCAGUUCCACCCACUUCUACUGUGCCGGUGCGCUCUCCAGUUGCUGUGCCAGCAAGCCCACCGCCCGCGGUGUCUGCUAGUCCACCUUCCACAAUGCCCUCUAGCCCACCCACAUCAACGCCUGCUAGUCCGCCUGAGGCUGCGGACGGCAUAGCCCCAUUGGCGAUGCCGCCGCCAUGCUUGGCUCCGCAGGCAGCAGCAAUGUCGCCGCCUCCUUGGUCCAGUGAAGGUGGGAAUGGUGGUGGGGGUUUGUGGUGUGUGGCCAAGCCGACUGUACCGGAAGACAAGCUGCAGGAAGCAAUGGACUAUGCUUGCGGCCAGGAUGGAGUCGAUUGCCAGGAGAUUGCAGCUGGAGGAAGGUGCUUCUACCCAGACAACAUUGCAUCGCACGCGUCAUAUGCGUUCAAUAGCUAUUGGCAGAAAAUGAGGCGGAUCGGUGGGGACUGCAAUUUCGGUGGUACUGCUGUGCUGAUCAAUUCUGACCCAAGCUACCUCCAGUGUCGCUUCAUGCUGGGUUGAGAAAGCUGUACUAGGAUCUUCUCUUCUGGUUUUUGCGAAAUGAAGUUGUGGAUCUCACUCAACGAGUAAUGGCUUUGCUGUCAUGCAUCGGUCGGGCCAGUCGGACCAUUUUCGGUCAUCCUUGUCGGCUAAUUCCUUGUUCUAGUAUCGAAUUGGUCUAGUUCUAGGAUCGUUAAUUCCUUGAUGUGGUUCACUACUUUCUGGAUGCCUGCUUCGCGUGGCUCCUGGGUCUAUUCUACAGCAUCUUGCUGUCACUGUCAGAUUAGGAUGGUUCUGUCAUGCAAAAAUAUACUCUUCAUUAAGCUUUUGAACUACGA